CACACUAAAAACUCAAAAGACUUGAAGUUUGAUCAGACCUGAGAGAAAAAUGACGCUGAAAGUAUACUGUGAUCGAAUGUCCCAACCGUCUCGUGCAAUUCUCAUCUUCUGCAAGAUGAAUGGGAUAGAUUUUGAAGAAAUCACCAUUAAUAUCUUGAAGGGCGAGCAACACACCCCUGAAUAUAAAGCGAUAAAUCCCAUGUCUCAAGUUCCAAUGAUAGUUGACGGAGAUUUUACACUGUUUGAGAGUCACUCAAUUCUUAUCUACUUUUGUUGUAAGUAUCCGAGAGUGGCUAGUCACUGGUAUCCGAGUGAUCUUGUUGAAAGAGCAAAGGUCCACUCUGUUUUAGACUGGCAUCAUGCCAAUUUACGACGUGGCUCAGUUGGAGUUAUUGUAAACAAUGUCCUCUUACCGCUAAAUGGUGUCCCAUCAAACCCUCAAUUGGCCGAAGAAGCUGAGAAGACACUUGAGAAAGCAUUGACUGUAUUAGAAACCUUUUGGCUAAAAGAUGGACCGUUUUUGGCUGGAAGAUCUCAACCGUCAAUUGCUGAUCUCAACUUAGUAUCUCAAGUCAUGGAACUUGAGCUUCUGAGCGAGGAGCUUCAUGAUCGGAUCUUAAGUCCUUACAAGAAAGUUCUUCAAUGGGUUGAAGAUACAAAGAGUGCAACGGCGCCUCAUUUUGAAGAAAUUCACGGGGUUUUGUUUAAAACUCGAAAAGAAUUUCGUGAACUGAUGGCAGCAAAAUCUGGGAAAACCGAGUGAAGUCCAUGUUGAUUGUUGGUAUCUUGAUCAUUGAGUCUAUUUAUAUUCAUCCAAUAAAGUUUUAAAUUUCGGGUUGUAGUGGACAGUUGUGUGAAGGUUAAUUUUAAUUUGUCAUUUGUUAUUGGGUAGUUUGGAAAUAAUGACAUUUGCUGUUGUUUGGUGUUUUUUAUGUCUGGAUUAAAUAAUUAAACAAGUUAUAAUUAAUAUUUUUUAUG